GUCUCUGACCCUUCACAGCAGGAGAAUGGAUGAAGCUCCAGUGGGACACUGGUCAGACCACAGCACAUGUCUGCUUCACAGAGAAUAGUAAAGUGCUCGGCCUAACUGGAAUUGGAUGUGACGGGGAAGAAAAGCAAAUCGUCUCAUCUGCAGAGGUAUCGGAGAAGGCUGGCGUGGAUGACCCAGAGGAAACUAUAUUUAUAAUCUGAUCAUGCUGGAGCUAUGACAUCAUCUGGAGCCGCUGACCAUGACACGCGCUUGGGGAAGCAUGCAAACUGUUCUGUCAUGGGGGCGAUGGGUUGUCAGACUUGCAAGGUGGAGAAACUCCUGAAACAAUCUCAGAGGGAAGCUGUGUUGAGCCAGAGACAAAGGUUAACCACCUUGAAGGAGAACAGCCGGAUGACUGGCACUGAUAAGCUAAGAAAUGAAGUUUUGCCCCACCAUCUCCAAGAUGUGCCAAGUUUGAACAGCUUUUAUCUUCUAGAGGACAACAGCAGAGCUCUGAGACACAACCCGGAGACCUUCAGUGACCAAAGGCUCAAGCAGAAUUUACUGGAGACUGAGAUCAGCACCAGAAGGAAGGAGUGUGAAGCACUUGAAGCAGAGGUGAAGAAGAAAAAUCAAACAUGUCAGACUUUGGAGAAUGAGCUUCAAGAUUUCCUUCAGGAGAACAAGCACUUGAACCUCCAGUUGUUCAACAACAGCCACAAGGCAUCUGAGAAUGAGAAGGUGAAGUCUGAGUAUGCCCAGCUCAAAGAGGCCCUUGGUGCUGUGACGCAGGAGAGAGAUUUAGCCCUGUGGGAGAGGAACCAGCUCCAAGGCAAACUGGAGAACCUAGAGCAGGUGCUCAAGCAUAUGCGUGAGGCUGCAGAGCGGAGGCAGCAGCUAGAAUUGGAGCAUGAGCAGGCCUUGGCUGUACUCAAUGCAAAGCAGCAGGAGAUUGACCUUCUUCAGAAGGCUCAGGUUGAGGCUAAAAAGGAACAUGAAGGUGCUGUCCAUCUGUUAGAGAACCACUUGGACAGCAUGCAGGCCAAAGUCCGUGAGCUGGAGGAAAAAUGUCGGAGUCAGAGUGAGCAGUUCAACCUCCUGUCAAAAGAGUUGGAGAAGUUCCGGCUCCAGGCUGGGAAGUUUGACAUCCUCAGCACGGAACCUUUAACUCUAUGUGAAUCUCCUGGGUCACCCAACAAAUCCCUUUCUCAGCUUCUCAAUGGACUGGCUGCCCCCAUAGGAAAAGGCAAUGAGGCUCCAUCAAGCAGAUCUUUGAUAUCGGAGUUCAUUCGACCGCUCCAGAUCAGUGGAGACAAGCCCGAGCUCCUCUCUGUCAAGCCAACAUUCCUCACUCGCAGUCGAGCCAGCAGCCCGGCAAGGGCCUUCCUCUCUGAGAUGGACAAAGAGUUGAGCUCAACCACCAGGUCCAAACCAAGAUUCACUGGGAAGGUUCGUCUGUGUAUUGCUCGGUACAGUUACAAUCCUUAUGAUGGGCCUAAUGAGCAUCCUGAGGCAGAGCUCCCCCUGGUGGCAGGGAAGUACCUCUACGUUUACGGGACAAUGGAUGACGAUGGCUUUUAUGAAGGAGAGCUGCUGGAUGGACAGCGGGGCCUCGUCCCAUCUAACUUUGUAGAUUUUGUCCAAGAUGAGGAGACAUCGUCUGUCCAGCAUAGGGGCACAGUGGCUAAACAACCUGGCUACCUCAACCACAGUAGCCUGGGAACUCAGAGACUGGGGGUCGGCACAGGAACAAGCAUUAGCAGCCUGCUGUCUGACAGUAAACUAGACUGUCUGAGUUCAAGCAGCUUGGGCAUUGACCUCAUGGGUUCUUCCAGCAAUGGGACGGGAACGCUGGAUGUCAGCAUUGACGAGGUCGGUGAAGACAUUGUGCCUUAUCCCCGCCGCAUCAACCUGAUUAAACAACUGGCCAAGAGUGUAAUUAUUGGUUGGGACCCCCCUGUGGUCCCACCAGGCUGGGGUUCCAUCAGAGGCUACAAUGUAUUGGUGGAUAAGGAGGUGCGCAUGAGUGUCCCCUACGGGGGCAGGACAAAGUCUCUUAUUGAAAAGCUCAAUUUAGCUACCAACACUUAUCGAAUCUCAGUGCAGAGCAUCACUGACCGGGGCCCUUCGGAUGAGCUCCGGUGCACUCAGCUCGUGGGAAAGGAUGUGGUGGUGGCACCUUACUACCUGCGGGUGGAUAGCAUCACGCAGGUCUCUGCUGAGCUCUCCUGGAUGCCCAGCAACAGCAACUACAGUCACACCAUCUUCCUCAACGGUGCAGAGUAUGACAUGGUCAAGGCCGGGGGCUACAAGUACAAGUUCUUCAACCUGAAGUCCAUGACAGUUUACAAGGUGAAAGUUGUGGCGCAGCCGCAUCAGGUGCCUUGGCAGCUUCCGAUGGAUCAAAGAGAGAAGAGGGAAAUCUCUGUGGAGUUCUGCACUCAGCCUGCAGGGCCCCCUCUACCUCCCCAGGAGGUGCAGGUCCAGUGUGGUCAGACGCCCGGGUUCCUGCAGGUCAGAUGGAAGCCGCCCCCUCUGACGCCUUCAGGAACCUCCAACGGAGCCAGUGUCAUUGGCUAUGUUGUGUGCACAAAGGGAGAAAAGAUUGCAGAAGUCUUGUACCCCACAGCAGAUUAUGUGACCGUGGAGUUAAACAGGAUUCAGUGUCUGGAGGCCAGAGAAAUCAUUGUAAGGACGUUAUCAACACAAGGCGAGUCCCAGGACUCUCCUGUGGCCGUCAUCCCACACAAUCUCUUGGGCUCUCCACGCCUCUCCCACCGAACCAUGGCACCCCCUCCCCCUAUGCCUCAUCUGCAGUCCCAUCCAGCGCACUCACAAACCCAUCCUCCUUACCCGUCAACGUAUCCCCCAAAUCACCCUCAGCCCCAGAUGCAGGCUCUGUCUCGACCGCAGCCCCACACGCUGCCCCACACGCAGUCGCAGCCUGUCCAUCAUCCUCCUCCUCAACCCCAGCCUCAUUUCCAGCGCCACCCAAUGCCCAAGUCCAAGCCGUUAGUAAGUGCCAGAGAGCCAGAAACCAAAGAGCAUGAGGUGGGCCCGCGGCCAGCCCAGUCUUGGGAGCGCUCCCCGUCUCCGCUGCCUCCCAUGCGCGGUCCCAACCUAGAGCCACCGCACUUUCAGCCACGGCGAUCGCCCUCUCCUCAGAGGAUCCUUCCGCAGCCUCAGGGAGUCCCCAUCACCAACACCAUCGCCAAGGCCAUGGCCAGGGAAGCUGCCCAGAGAGUGUUUGCCGAGGGUAACAGGAUUGAGAAAAGGAAUAUCUUUAGUGAACGAGGUAACACGUUGCAUCCACUCAACUCUGACGAGGAGGAGGAUGGAUACGACUCUCCUCAUGCGAGGAGGAGAGGAGCCUCGGUGGAUGAAUUCCUCAGAGGCUCGGAGUUGGGCAGACAGCACCAUCAUCACCACUACAGCCACAGUGAAGAGUACCACACAGAGAGCAGCCGGGGUUCCGACCUGUCCGACAUAAUGGAGGAGGAUGAGGAAGACCUGUACUCUGAGAUGCAACUGGAGGAAGGCCGCAGGCGCAGUAUCAACUCUCACAACACUCUUAAGAUCAUUGGGAACUCACCGUCACACGGAAGCGCUGAUCGUCUGGACCACUCAGGGAGGAGGCCGGUUCACAUCGGCACCCCCCCUCAGCGACGACCAAUCCCAUCCAUUGAGAUCACCAUGGACAGUAACAGUGAGGGGAGUGAGGGGAACCUCUCACCCGUCAAGGAGGAUGUUUACUAUGGCAGUGUAGCUCGGCGCAGGAUAUGGCGAUCUAUGUCCUCAGAGGAUCAAUAUGACGGCUAUGGCGGUCGCAGGCACGGGCGGGGACGGCGUUCCCUGGAUUACUAUGAGGAAUCGGAGCCAGAGGAGAUGACCCGUGUGUUCGUGGCUCUGUUUGACUAUGACCCCCUAUCCAUGUCUCCCAACCCCGAUGCUGCUGAUGAGGAGCUGCCGUUUAAGGAGGGCCAGAUUAUCAAGGUGUUUGGGAAUAAAGAUACAGACGGCUUCUACAGGGCGCAGAUCCGAGAACGAGUGGGUCUGAUCCCCUGUAACAUGGUCUCUGAGAUCCAAACAGAGGAUUACGACAUGAUGGACCAGCUCCUCAAACAGGGCUUCCUGCCUCUCAACACUCCUGUGGAGAAGUUAGUGAACUGCGACCGUUUCAAAGAUGGCCGCUCAAUAAAUCGCAGGUCCAGAAAAUCCAAGAGAGAGAGAAAUAGGCGGAGCGGCCGUCAGCACCCGCUGUCGACACGAAGAAUGGUCGCUCUGUACGACUACGACCCCAGAGAGAGCUCCCCUAACGUUGAUGUAGAGUAUGAGGGCAACAGACUGAAUGAGGAGGCUGAACUGACUUUCUGUGCCGGUGACGUCAUCAUGGUCUUUGGUGAAAUAGAUGAAGAUGGCUUUUACUAUGGCGAGCUCAAUGGACACAAAGGACUCGUUCCUUCCAACUUUCUAGAAGAAGUGCCUGACGAUGUAGAGGUUUUUCUCACUGACUCACCAUCUCGAUACCCCCAGGACAAUCCAGCUCGGAUAAAGACCAAAAGGAAGAAGAGUGUUCAUUUCACACCUUAAAGGCUCUGUUUCCGUCACGUAAGUGAGCAACUGAGGAUACCACGAUUACACCCCCCCCCCCCUCGUCUAAUGCAGAUGACAUGGGUACCCUUAGUUUCUGGUAUGCAACAUGUGUACUUUGUUUGAUUUUCCUUCCUGUAGGUAGAUGUGAUAAGACUCUUCUUUGUUCCCCUAAAACACUGAGUGCUGUUUGUUUGGUAGGAGACAGAGAGCCCAGCCAAUGCAUUAGACAAGAAGUAUGGUAUCUUCAGUUGUUUCUCUUGAGUGUUGUACCUGACAAUGUCCGUCUCCUGCAAUAAGUCUCCUGCUGUAACUCAUGGGAAGCUAAAAGGCCAUUGUUGCACAGUUGAUUGAGAAUGUGGGAUGUAUUUAAGGCAAACGCCUCCAGCAGUUUGGCUUGUGUCAGUGCAGUGUGACCUGCUGCAUCAUAGCAAAGUAUUAAAAGAAUCCACAAACAAUUCUAUGCAAAAACCCAAAGAAAAGCAUCAAGUGUUCAUUUGGUUUCACACUUGUAGUGUUGAGCCUCUGGCCAGAUUCAGCACCUUUUUUCUUGUUUAAAAAGAAGAAGAGUAAAAAUGUUAUGGAUGUUGUGAAAUCUAAAAUGAACAAAUCAGUAGGUGUUUUGGUUUUCAAAUUAGUUCCACUUUUAUGAAUCAACGUGAAUGUUUGAAUUGAUCAGAUAGCAAAGUAACAGUUGUGGAUUAAGAGUGAGACUAUGCUGCUUUUGCUGAAACACUAUACGGACGACCAUGUUCUUCUUUUUAGCUUUAAGCUCAGGGGCAGAUCCAGGGUUGAAAUCUGAUUGGCCCUCAAAGUGCCCCUGUCCUGUCACUAGUCUUUUUUUAAUAAACUAGUCACUAACUAACAAUACUAACUCUGACUAGUUCUUCAGAUUUUUUGACGAACACAAUGUACUUGGACAGAGAUCACCCUGACUGAAUCAGGAACUGUUCAUGAAUGUCGGACAUGUAAUAAAUCGUGGCCCUUUCAUGGCUCCUGAUUUCGAAAGGUCCUAGAUCCACCACUAGCUAAAAUGCUAAGUUCUAAUGUUAAUAUUGUUCUAUGUUAAUUUUGCUAACUCAGCAAUAUGAACCUGUUUGCUAAUAUCCGUAAUGUUUAAUGUGAUGGAAGCUGCUGGUCAUAUUGGACCGCGUUGACUUCACACGUCUGAGUGAAGUGAAGGCAAAAGUUUUGUUUUCUCAAAAGUCCCAUAGUCUCACUUUAAACUCAGCAUAAUAAAUGAUGCAGCAGAAGGAUUUACAUGUUCUGACGUGCAAAUUAUAUUCACACAAAUUGUACAUAGAAAUAUAAGCUCAUACAAACGUCAUCGUUACCACCGGUCUUUCCAAAGUGCAAUUUAAAGGAGCCUUUUAGCUCAUGAUUACAGAGAAGGAAUAGUGACUCGUAGUUUCUCUGUAAUCCAGUUGUAUCAGUAAAUAUUUCUCUCUCUACAUAUUUAUCUAUACACACAUUGAAGAAGACAGGAAUGUGAUUUAAAUGUUCCCAAAAUACAAAUGUAUCUGUUGAUGUGAGGGGAGCUGCCCCGCCUUUGGUAGUCAUUGUGGGGAAGUGUUGUCACCUUUCAUUGAUGUGGGAGUUAGUGGAUGUCACGCUUCAGUUCUGUGUCGUAGCUUAUUCGUAGCAGCUUCAUUUAAAAAAAAGCACCUGACAGAGGGGAGGUGUGGGAGGAGGGAGGGUGAGUGUUGUCUGACUCCGUCCGGGGAGGUAGAUGUCAGAGCUCUGGUGAACCUGCUGGGUCAUAAAGAGGAGGGGAGUGGUGACUGAGGUGUGUGACGCUCGGCUAUUUUAACACCCUCAACUGUCCCUUACGGGUCUCCCAUUAGGUUCCAUUGGACAAAUCGGGUCCGCCCAGAAGAGCAGCCUCUCCCACAGCGCGUCCAUGCGCCCUGGACUGGGGCCCGGCCGCCGUGGGGCCUCGCAGUCCCAUCAGGGCCCCACUGGACAUGUACUCCUCCAAAAAGAAAAAGGGACUGAUCUCCAAAGGGAAGAAACUGUUGGGAAGACUUGGCGCUGUAAAAUAAUUUCUUGAGUGUCAAACACUCCUUCAUAGUGUUUGCAGAGAAAAAAAAGAAAACUCA